CGCUUUUCCACCUGUCAUUGGCCGGGACGCGUCUUCUCCGUAGCUCCUCCCCGCUGUCAGUGUCCGGGGCCCUGGGAUGGCGGUCGGUCGGUGCUUCCCCUCCCCCUUCCUCCUCUUGCUGGUCUCCCGGUGUUGCUCCGGUUGGUUGCUCGGGCUCCGCCCGGAGGACACGUUGGACGGGCGGGUGUCUCUGGAGGGGGGGACCCUGCGGGCGGCGGAGGGGACCCGCUUCACUCUCCGGUUGUAUUACCAGCAGCCUCCUUUCCCGGUGAACGGCAGUAGCGGGGAGGGGCCCCGGUUGGUGUUCGUGGAGGAGCCUUGGUCGGGUGGGCAGGGGUGUUUGGAGGGGGGAUCCCCAGACGUGGAGGUGUCGGGGCCCCUGGGGGCCCCGGGUGUGGGUUCCGCGGUGGUGGAGGUGCGGGUGGGGGAGUUGCGGAAGGGUGAGCGGGGGCGGGUCUUCUCGGUGUGCGCCUAUGACGGGCGGCGCUGGGAGCACCACGGGGGCGGGGAGUUCUCCCUGGAGGUGCGGCAGGUGGAGGAGGGGCUGUCCGGUGGGGUCCGGGUGGUGGUGUCAGGGGUCCUCCUGGGGGUGUCGGCGAUAUUCGGGGGUCUCCGGCUCUGCCUGCUCUCCUUGGACCCCGUGGAGCUCCGCGUCCUCCAGAACAGCGGCUCGGCAGCGGAGAAGGCGCAGGCGGGGCGGGUCCAGUCGGUCCGGGCGCGGGGAUCCUUCCUGCUCUGCUCCCUACUGCUGGGGAACGCUCUGGCCAACGCCUCCCUGGCCGGCUGGCUGUACCGGGUGGUCCUCCCGGCGGAGCCCUGGCUGGCCGUCCUGGCGUCUACGGCGGGGGUCUUCCUGUGCGGGGAGGUGGCCCCCUACUCCGUGUGUUCCCGGCACGGCCUGGCCAUCGCCUCCCGGAGCGUCUGCCUGAGCCGCCUCUUAAUGGCCGUCACCUCCCCGCUCUCCUUCCCGCUCAGCCGCCUCCUGGACUGGGCGCUCCCCCAGGAGAUCAGCACCUUCUACACCCGAGAGAAGCUGGUGGAGAUGCUGCGCGCCGCCGACCCCUACAACGACCUGCUGAAGGAGGAGCUCAACAUCAUCCAGGGGGCGCUGGAGCUUCGCACCAAGGCCGUGGAGGACGUGCUGACCCCGCUGGGCGACUGCUUCAUGCUGCGCGCCGACGCCGUCCUCGACUUCGCCACCGUCUCCGACAUCCUGCGCAGCGGCUACACCCGCAUCCCUGUCUACGAGGGCGACGACCGCGCCAACAUCGUGGACAUCCUCUUCGUCAAGGACCUGGCCUUCGUGGACCCCGACGACUGCACCCCCCUCCAGACCGUCACCCGCUUCUACCACCGCCCGCUGCACUGCGUCUUCAACGACACCCGGCUGGACGCCGUGCUGGAGGAGUUCAAGAAGGGCAAAUCCCAUUUGGCGAUAGUUCAGCGGGUCAACAAUGAAGGGGAAGGAGACCCAUUCUAUGAAGUGAUGGGGAUUGUAACCCUGGAGGACAUCAUAGAAGAGAUCAUCAAAUCUGAAAUCCUGGAUGAGACCGAUCUGUACAAUAAUAGGAAAAAGGAACGAAAUCCCCACCGAGAGAGGAAACAACAAGACUUCUCCCUGUUCAAGCUUACUGACAGUGAGAUGAAGGUGAAGAUUUCUCCCCAGCUCCUCCUGGCCACCCAUCGCUUCAUGGCUACAGAGAUCGAGCCUUUCAAAGCUCCUUUCCUGUCUGAGAAAAUUCUUUUACGCCUUCUUAAACACCCACAUGUGAUUCAAGAGCUAAGGUUUGACGAGAAAAAUAAAAGGUCUACAGAGCACUAUCUUUACCAACGCAAUAAGCCAGUGGACUAUUUUAUUUUAAUCCUUCAGGGUAAAGUAGAAGUAGAGGUUGGCAAGGAAGGGCUGCGAUUCGAGAAUGGUGCCUUCACAUAUUAUGGAGUUCCUGCUAUUAUGACAACCGUUUCUUCUGAUACUGACGUGAGAAAAGUUGGAAGCUUGGCGGGUUCGUCCUUCCUUUCCUAUACAGCCAAUGUACCCGUGUCCGUAUCUCGCACCUUCGCUUUCAGCAGAGGGGAAUCCUUGGCUGGCUCCCCAGUAAACAGAUCCCCUUCUCGCUGCAGUGGCUUGAAUCGUUCUGAGUCCCCUAACAGAGAACGCAACGACUAUGGGGGGAGCACCAACCAGCUCAGCAACAACAACCUCUACGUCCCCGACUACUCUGUGCACAUCCUCUCCUAUGUCCAAUACGUUAAGGUUACAAGGCAGCAGUACCAGAAUGCCCUGACUGCCAGCCGGAUGGACAGUUCUCCACAAUCUCCUGAUAUUGAAGCGUUUAGUGAUGGAGAAUCUACAAAAGUGACAAAGUACCAGAGAGUGUCCGAAUCUCCGAAGGAGGACGCCGUCACCACUUUGCUCAGCGACAGGAACUGCAACUUGGCCACCAGCAGGUCAGAUGGGUUAAAAAGUCCGAACGACUCUGUGUUCCUGCACAUGGAUGAUAUCCCUCAAAUAAAGGAAGAAUUGGCAGACACAGAUAAGUGCAUUACCAAUGCAGAUAAUUAUGGAGUCAGCAUGGACUCGGAGCACCACUGUAAUGAGCUCUUUGUCAGCACCGAGGAGACGCUGGGGAAGAAAUUACUUCGAACUUUGAGUGGUAAAACCAGAAAAAAAUCUAAAGAUGCAGAAAAAAGUCCAGAAGAAAGUUCAGCGUUGCACCUGAUGACCUGAAGAAGUUGGACAGAUGGAAGUCUGGGAUUAUGGUGGGAAGUCCCACACAUUCCUGACGGGAAGUAGAAGAGCCUCCUGUCUCUACAUCUAUGCACUUCUGUAAUGUCUGGGAUUCUACAGAUACUGGAAAACCAUUUCCAGAGCUACAACCUGUGACCACAGAUGUCUGCAACUGUUCUACCUGCUGUGCAUGCCAAAACCACCCAACCAUGAGAUGACUAACCAUGCUAAGACCAUCCAACCAUGCGAUGAACAACAAUGCCAAGACCAAGAGAUGACCAUCCAACCAUGAGAUGACCACCAUGCCAACACCAUCCAACCAGGAGAUGACCACCAUGCCAAGACCAACCAAGAGAUAACCAUCUAACCAUGCCAAGACCAAGAGAUAACCAUCCAACCAUGAGAUGACCACCAUGCCAAGACCAUCCAACCAGGAGAUGACCACCAUGCCAAAACCAACCAAGAGAUAACCAUCUAACCAUGCCAAGACCAAGAGAUGACCAUUCAACCAUUCCAAGACCAACCAUGAGAUGACCACCAUGCCAAGACCAUCCAACCAAGAGAUAACUGUCUAACCAUGCCAAGACCAAGAGAUGAUCAUCAAACCAUGAGAUAACCAUCCAACCAUGCCAAGACCAUGAGAUAACCAUCCAACCAUGCCAAGAGAAUGAUAAGACAUCCAACCAUGCCAAGAGAAUGAUAAGACAUCCAACCAUGAGAUGACCAUCCAACCAUGCUUAGAACAUCCAAUGAUGGCACCACUUAAGAGCCGAAACUGGAGAAUUCAAAAAACAAGAUCAGGCCGGAUAUUGGGCAAUAUGCAGAUUUAUAGAACUUUGGGGGAGAUUUCUUUUUCGUUUGCUAUUUGAAAAAGACAAACAAUUGUUUGAUAAGCAACACCUCCCCUCCCCCUCUUUUAUAGAAUAUCUAUUAGACCCUAUGAAAUAUUACGAUACGAGGAAUCGAUGCAUCUUGUGUUCCCGGGACCGCGCUUCCACACCGAUCGUCAUAGAGGAACGUGUAAUAUAACUGCAUUGAUGUCAUUCAGAUUAUGAUUUCAUUUUUCUUUCCAGCAUUCAUAGAGCACCAGCAUACUGACUAGGCAUGGCCACCAUCCACACCGGUCCCCGCACACUGAACACUCCAAGCACAAACUUCACAGGAAGUCGAAUGUCUGAGCAGCACAUAGACACGGAGGAGCAUACAAUCUCCCUGCAGAUCAGGUUGGGAUUAUAUUUGGUACCCAGGGCUCCAGCCAUGCCGGUGAUGGCGCUAACCUCUGGGCACCGCUAGUGCUCAUACCAAUCCUGAUACAAUUCGAUGAGUAGCUGAGACGUCGUCGUGUCCAGACAAGCCUGGUUAUUAUUUGUAAUAAAAUGGCAGCAGGUAUUACAGAUUUGCGUCAUCUGUGCGUAGUGACUGCGGCAUUCUGACCACCCAGCCACCAGCGGAUGCAUCAACGCAUUCAUCGCAGUUAUAGGAGUCAGCUGAAUUAGAUUCCCUGAAAAACCUCACAGCACCUUCUCCAAACAGACAAAAUAAAAUGAAUCACCUGUGUGGGGAUGGAAAUAUCGCCUGUGACGGGUUCAGGAAGAUACGAAAAACACAACGACCACCUGUGUCAAUGGAGGAACCAACUAGCUGAACGCUCUUCACCUCCAUUGCACGAUGGGUGAGGCCAGAAUAUAAACCAUCGGACGCGAUAUAGACAAUGGCGUCAGGAUCAUUAUUGGAGGGGAAGGAACAGAUGUGUUCAUUAGGAAUCUGCAUCCCCCCUCCUAGCGUUUCGUCUCUUCCAGACGUGACGACGAUUCACCUGCAUGUGAUGUUCGGCCUCAUUGGCUGGAACCUCCUGGAAGAACAAAUUUAUUUUCUGAUAUGUCUGACUGAUGGUGGGAGAUAAAGAUAUAUUUAUUUUGAAUAAGAAUUGAAAUGGCGGAAAACGAAUCUGCUGUAUAUAUAUAUAUAUAUUUUACCAUUCUUUACCUCAGAAAUAACGCAUGUAUUUUAUUCACAGAGAUCAUUUAUUAAAGAGUCUUAUGUCACUGA